AUGACAUCUGCUUUGCAUCACUGUUGGCUUUUACAGAAAAGAAUGCAUCAUAACCAGAAGGAGCAAACGGUAAAUCAAAUGACUGCGCAGCGCGGGCCAGCGCACCACAGUGACUCCAACAGUCUGGGGAGCAGCGGCCCCACUGACCUCCAGCCACCUGCUUACUCCAAACUUGAGUUCAGGAGACACGCAGUGACAGAUGACUAUAAAAUCACAGCUCGGGUUCUUGGCCUGGGAAUCAAUGGAAAAGUGCUGGAAUGUUAUUGCAAGAAAACGGGAGAGAAAUGUGCCCUCAAGAUCCUGUACGAUACUCCUAAAGCCAGACGGGAGGUUGAGCUGCACUGGAGAGUUUCCGGAGGUCCCCAUAUCGUCCGAAUACUCAGCCUGUAUGAGAACAUGCACCAGGGGAAGAAAUGUCUCCUCAUCAUAAUGGAGUGUAUGGAGGGAGGGGAGCUGUUCAGUCACAUUCAGGCCAGAGGGGACCAGGCCUUCACAGAGAGAGAGGCGUCAGAGAUCAUGCAUGACAUCGGCACGGCCAUAGAGUACCUCCACCACAUGGACAUCGCUCAUAGGGAUGUGAAGCCUGAAAACCUGCUCUAUACCACCAAGGAGAGUAACGCCACACUGACACUGACUGACUUUGGCUUUGCUAAGGAGACGACACUGCACAACUCCCUCCAAACUCCCUGUUACACUCCAUAUUAUGUUGCCCCAGAAGUGCUUGGGCCAGAGAAAUAUGACAAAUCAUGCGACAUGUGGUCCCUGGGCGUAAUCAUGUACAUUCUUCUGUGUGGGUUCCCUCCGUUCUACUCAAACACAGGUCAGGCCAUCUCUCCAGGCAUGAAGCAGAGGAUCAGGUUGGGCCAAUAUGAGUUCCCCAACCCUGAGUGGGCUGACGUUUCUGAGGAAGCCAAACAGCUCAUCAUUCAGUUACUGAAGACAGACCCCAAUCAGAGGAUGACCAUUGGACAGUUUGUAAACCAUCCCUGGAUUAGUCAGUCAAUGGUGGUCCCUCCGACCCCCCUCCACACUUCUCGUGUUUUGACAGAGGACAAGGAGCUGUGGGACGAUGUGAAGGAGGAAAUGACCAGCGCCCUGGCGUCCAUGCGUGUGGACUACGACCAGGUGAAGAUCAAAGAUCUGGACACGUCCAACAACCCUCUGCUCAAUAAGAGACGAAAGAGGCCCGUUCCUGGAGGAGCUGACGGAGAAGGAGGCAGUGGUGGAGGAGAUGGAGGAGUGGUGUGUAAUAGCCACAGAGAAGUUACAUUUUCUGAAGAGCCUGAUGAUAUGAUAAUUGGACAAAAGUAGUAUGCCAGAGUGAGAAGUUUUCCCAUCCACAUAUCACUUACUGUAUUUUACUUACUUUUUCUCUUUCUUUGCAUCACUGCACUCAAUAGUCUAAUUAAUGUCAUUUAUUUUCAUUGUUACCACUCUAACAUUUAAAAUAAAUAAUCAUUUUUAUGUUUUACAGCGGUGUUGUAUCAUCACUUAUUUGACACAGAUGGUUUGACACCUGACAUCUAUAUAUAUAUAUAUAUAUAUAAUAGGAGUUAUUAUUGCUGUCUGAUGAAAAUAAGUCAUCUAGGGGACUUUUCUGAUGGUUACGAAUGUGAGUAUUGUAACAUGCACAUUCAAAGGACAUUACAACUUUGAAAGGUUGAGGUGAUUGAUGGGGAUUUUACCAGAAUAAAGCACAGAAAAUCUGCUUAGAAAUAUAGGAAAUAUUGGAUAGGAUAGAACAACACAAUGUUAUUUUGUUAAAUAAAAUACAUCACAUUCAUUAAUAAGUUUACUUGUUUUUAUUUGCAACAAAUUGUGUAUCCAAAUACAAUACCCAUGUUGGGCUCUUAAGGCAAACAUUUGGAUAGUCAUCAUGGAAACAUUAAUUGGUCAUGUGACAAGGG